GAAACCUGAAUUCUACAAUUUGCCGCGUAAACAAGGGAGUGUUUGGUUUCUCAUCAUUAAGCCAAGAAGGAGAAGGAGAAGGAGCGGAAGCGGAGCAUGACAAGCUCGACGUAACACCCAAACCGAAAACCAUGACGUCAUACUCAAAAACCUCCUCCGUUCCCUAUGCUUCUGUACCUUCCCACCCUGACCCUGUUCCCCAAAACGUCAUCGUUCUCACCCACUACCACCCACCUCCCAACCCCUCCCUCCUCUUCCUCCGCCGCUGUAUCUUCUUCACUUUCGCUAUCCUUCUUCUCUCUGCCGCCGUUUUCUUUUUCUACCCUUCCGACCCUACGCUCCAAAUCACUCGAAUUCGACUCAAUCACGUCCGUGUUAACUCGUCCCCGACACUCACUAUCGACCUCUCGUUCUCUCUUAUCCUCAGGGUUCGAAACAGGGACUUCUUCUCUUUGGACUAUAAUUCUCUCGAUGUUUCGGUUGGGUACAGAGGGAGAGAGCUGGGGCUUGUGAGUUCUCAUGGAGGUAAACUUAGGGCGAGAGGAUCGUCGUACGUGAAUGCCUCGCUUGAUUUGGAUGGUCUUGAGAUUAUUAACGAUGUGUUUUUCUUGAUUGAGGAUUUGGCUAGAGGUGUUAUUCCCUUUGAUACCGAUACCAAUGUCAAUGGAGAGCUUGGACUCUUUUUCUUCAAAAUUCCUAUCGAGGCAAUAGUGUCAUGCGAAGUGCUUGUGAAUAUUAACAACCAAACAAUUGUCCAGCAAGACUGUUAUCCUGAGUGAUACGGGGAGGCUAUCAUCAUUAUUGUUGGACUCUGGCAGAUUGUCUUGAAGUGGAAGGGCACAGAGCUGGGUGCCGGAGGUACAUAUUUUGACUUUUCCAGUAGCCCUUUGAGUAACUAUACUAGAUUACUAGUCAUUCUCUCUGUUAAUUGGUUGGCGUAUCAGUGCAAAUGGUUAAUUUACCAAGGUAGUACAGAAUAUUUGUGUUUUAACACAACUUUCACCAAACUUACUGAUUUAUAUUCACUUGGAAGUUUGUUGCUGCUGUAAAUGCUGAUUGGGCCUUUAUGAGUAAAUCAGUGAUAAAUAUAUACAUGUAGUAUUUCAUAA